AUGGUAUUACCUUUGAUAUCACCCACUUCCCCUGGCCAGCCCAUUUCCCCAUGUACCCCACUCCCACCCUCGCGAUACGUAACCAAAGACUACGACGAUAAGACAUCGUCGAUCGCGUUUGAAGGCAAUUGCGUUAUGGUUGAUUCAAAUACCGGUACGGAAGAGGAAAUGAUUGAAAAGUCAUUGAAUGGGCAUGAGAAGAGGGGAAACGAUAUGACAUUUACGGCAAGAUCUGAAUCAGGUACAACAUCUGUCGAUCCCAAAAAUCCAGGUACCAAUACGAAGAAAGAGAGACCUGGACUGAAUAGAAGAUUAUCAUUGUCUGGCCUGAUCAACUUACCUUUACCUUCACCACCUAUAAAACUCAGAGCUCUAGCCAGGAGAUUAUCGAAUUCCUCCCCCCCUUCUCAAAUUGUUUUUUCAAGAUUCUCGACACCAGCUUCUCCUGAUUUCACUUCGACCAGUCCACCAAUCGCCAAAAGGACUUCCGCGACAAUGCCGACUGUCCCCCCUAUCGUUCCUCCUUCUCCCUCAUGCGCAGAUUGCAACCCCCACAUCAAGUACUUCUGGACAGGUGAAUCCGACGAACAGGACGAGGUCCACAAAGUGCACGAAAAGGAAAUCUCAAACAGCUCCAAAAUCGCUCUCAGUUCUUCGUACUCCUCCUCGACUCUUACUGCUCUCGACGAAGAUACAGUGUACAACUCAUCCAUUCCCACUAGUUCGACCUUACAGAAUCAGCCUGCCAACACUCGUCGAACACCGUUAAUGUCUCGCAACUCUUCUUUCGCCGAUGACUUAACAGCUCUUUCCGAAGUUGACGAAUCGCAGCAUCAUGAUCCAUCAUUUAUCACUCCAAACUGCGAACCUAUCACGCCCACGUCUCCGAAUCCCAAAUCAUGUUCUGGCAUUUGGCUGUGUUCCCCACCCACCGUACCUUUCAUCGAGAAUACUUGUCCGACUACACCUCGAUUGACUAGUCGAGCAGUGACCAAAACCAAGACUAGACCAUUGGUAGUGCGAUCCAUGUCGACCGGUAGGUUGGCAUCAGAGUUCGACGAAGAUGGAAGGGUGAUUUGUCUGUCGGGUCAUUCCGAACGCGUACUCAGACCAAGUAUCUCACCACCGCCAUCAUGUCGCUCAAUCCGACCGACAAUAACCACUUAUCAAUCUACACCCAAUACCAUCCCCGGAUUGAGUCGUUCGAAAUCUUAUCAAACUUCUAGAACGAGCUUCAAGUCCAAAUCUAACCCUUCGUCUCCUAUCGACAGACCCCCUUCAUCGUCGAUUCCGCCUUUACCAAUUAGGAGCUUAUCCGAGUUCGGCAAACAAUCAUCUACAGAGAGGUUGGUGAAUUUCCCUCCGGUCGAGACUCCCUCUUUGACCAGGACGAUCUCGAUGGGAAGUUGGAGAAAGAGGAAUUGGCAAGUGGGCAGGAGUGUAAGAGUUUAG